GUGUCGCGGUGCAUUAGUGUUAACCCUGAUCCAAAAUGACGGAAAGAUACAGCUUUAGUCUAACAACUUUCAGUCCUUCUGGAAAACUUGUUCAGAUAGAAUAUGCUCUGGCAGCUGUAGCAGCAGGAGGGCCUUCUGUGGGUAUAAAAGCAUCAAAUGGAGUUGUCCUUGCUGCUGAAAAGAAACAGAAGUCAGUGUUAUAUGAUGACAGUACAAUCAACAAGGUGGAAAUGGUGACAAAGAGUGUUGGAAUGGUUUAUAGUGGAAUGGGCCCAGACUACAGAGUUCUGGUUCGACAUGCCAGGAAGAUAGCACAGCAAUACUAUCUAAUGUAUCAGGAGGAAAUACCAACUGCACAGUUGGUUCAAAAACUUGCAUCCGUGGUCCAGGAGUACACCCAGUCAGGUGGUGUUCGACCAUUCGGUGUGUCUCUUCUUGUUGCUGGGUGGGAUGAUGACAGGCCAUACUUAUUUCAAUGUGAUCCAUCGGGAUCGUAUUUUGCCUGGAAGGCCACUGCUAUGGGCAAAAACUAUAUCAAUGGCAAAACCUUUCUUGAAAAGAGGUAUAAUGAAAAUCUUGAAUUAGAAGAUGCUAUCCAUACAGCAAUCUUGACUCUUAAGGAGAGUUUUGAAGGACAAAUGACAGAAGACAAUAUUGAGUUAGGGGUGUGUAAUGAGCAAGGCUUCCGUCGUCUCACCCCUGCAGAAGUAAAGGACUACUUGGCCUCUAUCAUAUCUUAAUUUAGACAUCAUCUUCCUUGAUAUUGGUAAUAGACAAGCUGUCUCACUGCUAGUGUUUUUUUUUAAGUUUCCCUUGCUUUGAAGUGUUAAGGAGCCAAAACAUGAAGGACUGUGGAAGUUGGAAGUUAUCAUUAGACUCAAGUGUUCCUUAUGCAGGAGCAUCUUGUUUGACAACUGCUGUAGUUUUUGCCAUGUUUAACAAAAUCAGCUGAAAUUAUUUGCUACUGAUCAUUCAGGAACAUCUUAUUUAAAUCUUGAUGAGGUUAGAAUCAUUAGAUAUUGAUGGUAGUUUCAUUCUAGUUCUGGCAGUCACAUCUUUUAACAAAUAUUUCCCUUAGUAUGUAGGUUUUCAAAACAAAGCCCUCUACAGAAUAAAAAAAAAAUUCUCUA